CCAUGAAAGCUUAUGCCCAAAUAAAUCUGUUAGUCUUUAAGGUGCCACUGGACUCCUCGUUGCUUUUGCCUCUCUGUUGGGCUUCUCCAGCUGGAUAAUGAUCUGACCUUUGUAAAGCACUGGAGAUCUACGGAAGGAAGAGUUAUAGAAGAGAUAGUAAAAGAAGACAGUAAUAAAUAAUACUAUCUAGACAUUUGUACAUCUCUCACCAUCACGGUUUCUGAGAAUCUUGCAAACAACCGUGUAUUUCAUCACAGGUUCCUUUACCCCAUCCAGAGAAGUGUUUGCUGUGUUCAGUCUCUUAAUUCACGGGUAGUUGUCACCAGUAGUGAGAACUUAUCAAACCAGAGCCGACUUGUACCUCAUUUACAACCCCACUGACCUUAUGCACAAGCUUUUAAAUGGUCACUGAAGGCAAUAGGGCUGCUUGAAUGAACCGGGGGGGGGCCCAAUUUGGCCCAAACUGGUUUUCACUUAGCCAGAAACUGGAUUUUCUGGUUGGGGUGGGGUUUAUUUUUAAACAGGGCCCGUGAGUUAAAAAUCCAAAGCAGGAGGGCACUCAGACCCCAGGUGAGUAAAGAGUUAACUGAAUAUGUGAGUGAGCCAGACAGUGAACUCUGUACUACUUGCUCCAAGCUGCUUUCAGUUUCUUGAUCAGCAAGGUAAGAAUUUGGUGACAUUCUGCACCUGUCAAUAUUUUCAUUCAGACAGCAUCAUGAUUCACAUCCUGGUUCCUAUUAAAUACAGAGACGUGGCUUUGUCAUUCACAUACGCCUAUGUUUACCCUAGUGUAUUGGACAUCUGAUCUGGUAAAUUUAACUUCUUCGAGUCUUACUGUGAAACCAGUUAGUUACCAUAUAUUAAUGUAUUGUGCAAUACAUGUAAAAAUAUUUAUAUAACUUAUCUCUCGCCAGUAAAAUUCAGUGAAGUAGACACAGCCUGAGGCAGGUCAAUUUGGAAAUUGAAUUUGUGCUAAUCGGUGCAAGGCACGGGCUGUGAGAAAUACACUAUACAUGGGAAUGACCUGUUCUCCAAUAUACUUGUGACUGAAUUCUGACUGUGUGGGUGUAUCUUUAACAAUGCUUCUAUCUAACCAAUCCCUUCACUAUUUGUAAUGCAUUUCUCUUGUGGGCUCCAUGCACCCAAGCAUUAAUAAAACCAGUAAGAAUGGUAAGUAUUCUUAAUAUCAAAGCCCCAAUUGCUCUAAGCCCAGAGGACAGAUAACUCAUUGUGCACAGUCACUCCUGUGAUUUUUCCUCUACUGAGGCUGCAAACAAGGAUGCUGAUUGUGGUGGUGGCGGCUCCCUUUAACAGAACCCAUUGAGAAAUGGGCUGAGACCACUAGCUCCCAUCCCAAAGGCAACUGAACAACUAUUAUUUAUAUUGCAGUAGCACCCCCAAUAACAGUCCAGAGCCCCACUGGGCUGUACAAACAGAACAAAAAAGUGCUUGCCUAAUACAGCUUAUGAUCUAAGCCAAGGGGCAACAGGUGGCGACAGACAGACAGCUGAGGGAGCACAAGUGGACAGUGAGACAAUGCUGGUUACAGCACACAGUUACCAGUUUUUGUAGGCAUCACAGCAGAGGAGCGUUUUAAGGAGGCAUAUGAAAGGGGGAUAAUGAGGUAACUGCAGGGGUUUAUGGGAAGCUCUUCCCAUGUACAAGGGGCCACAGGAAAGGGCUUGUUUGAAAAAGUGAGGAGAGAAAGUGUGAAGUUGCGUGUAUGAAAAUGUAACAUUGUAUUUGUUUAACAUUUACAGUAAGAUCUGGCUAAUACUAACCUGAAGAGGAUUUGAACCCAUGAAAUGAGAUGCAUGGCUCCGUCCCUUUAGCAGGCCCGCAUAGCCCAUCCAAUUCCAUGAUUCAGAAGGUGCUGGUGGCAUGAAGGAUCAAGAUGCAUCGGAAAAAGAUCAAAGCAGAUGAUCAUGCCAACCUGAUGGGUGAAGACCAAAAUGCCAAAGGGCCUUAUUAUGGUAGUCUGAGCCAGGAUCCUAUUGAAAUCUCGGAGCUGAGCAAACCAAGUCAAGCAACCCAUGUCACGCAGAGCACUGCAAAUGUCUUCAGCGAUGGACGCACCAGGAUAGACUUCGUCCUGGUGUGGGAAGCAGACCCCCAGGAGCAGGAGGGACAGAAUGAAGAAACCAGUGCUGAGAGCGAGGUGCCCCGGUGGAGAAGAGCUGUCGAUGUCCGCAAGACUUGGCGGAAGAAGUUUCUGAACAAGCUCCAGGCUGCUGGGAUCUGUAUAGAAAAGCACGUGGUCCAGGAUGAGAAGAAGGUGGUGCACUAUGUGCUGCUGAAUGCCCCCUGGAGCGUGCUGUGUUAUUAUGCAGAGGAUCUCCGGCUGAGGCUCCCACUGCAGGCCCUGCCAAAUCAGGCUUCAAACUGGUCUGACAGAGUGGCGAAGAGGCUGGCUGUCCCCAGCCUGCUGCAUGAGGAGGUUCCCAAUCUGCCCCUGGACUACUACACUUGUCACUUCAAGGUGAACAAGUUAGCAUGGUUCCUAGGGAGCAAUGAGCAAGACACCUUCUUCAGCAGCACACAACGGCACAGGAUACUGUACGAGAUCCUGGCCACGACGCCAUAUGGCCACCUGAAGCAGGGGGAGGUUGGGGUGGAUCGGCUGCUGAGCGAGAAUGUCUUUGCAGCUGCAUUCCCCCUGCAUGAGGGUCCCUUUGCACUACCUGCUGACAGGCUAGCCCCUGAGAGCCUGACCGAGCGCCAGGUCCUCUUCCAGUACUGGGCGAGGUGGCGGAAAUGGAACAGAUACCAGCCACUGGAUCACAUCCGCAGGUACUUUGGAGAGAAGAUCGCGCUCUACUUUGCCUGGCUGGGUUUCUACACUGGGUGGCUCUUGCCUGCGGCAGUUGUGGGGACACUGGUUUUCAUUGCAGGCAUAUUUCUGAUGCUGAGCGACAUACCUGCGCAGGAGAUCUGUGAGAGCGAGGAUCAGUACCAGAUGUGCCCGCUGUGUAAGGAGUGCCCACAGUGGCAGCUCUCCAGCAUCUGCAGCAUGUUCAAGGCAGGUCGCCUCUUCGACCACGGUGGGACCAUCUUCUUCAGCAUUUUCAUGUCCCUGUGGGCAGUGACAUUCCUGGAGUACUGGAAGCGGAUGAACGCCACCCUGGCGCACCGCUGGGACUGUUCCGACUUCGAGGACAUUGAGGAGCGGCCGCGACCCCAGUUCACUGCCAUGGCUCCCAUGACGAUGGAGAACCCAAUUACUGGAGCAGAGGAGCCAUAUUUUCCCAAGCAGAACCGCGUAAAACGGGUCAUUGCUGGAUUGAUGAUCAUCAUCAUGAUGAUUGCUGUGGUUGUGAUGUUUCUGAUCUCCAUUAUCCUGUACCGGGCGAUCGUCAGCAUCCUUGUGUCAAGAUCCGGGAACUUCCUCUUUGUGGCAUCGGCAUCUCGUAUUGCCAGCCUCACGGGCUCAGUGGUGAAUCUAAUCUUCAUCCUCAUCCUCUCUAAAAUUUACAUUGCACUGGCCCAUUUCCUUACCAAGUGGGAGAUGCACCAGACUCAGACGAAGUACGAAGAUGCUUUCACCUUCAAAGUGUUUGUCUUCCAGUUUGUCAAUUUCUACUCUUCUCCCAUCUACAUUGCAUUCUUCAAGGGAAGGUUUGUAGGCUACCCAGGGCACUACAAGACCUUGCUUGGGAUCCGCAACGAGGACUGCGGGGCUGGCGGCUGUCUCAUUGAACUCGCCCAAGAGCUGCUGGUCAUCAUGGUGGGGAAACAAGUAAUUAACAACGUGCAGGAAAUUGUCAUCCCGAAACUGAAAGGCUGGUGGCAGAAGUACAAGCUUCGAUCCAAAAAGAGGAAAAGCAAGGAGGCCCAAUUGGGCCUGGCGCAGCAGGUGCCCUGGGAGAGCAACUACGAGCUCCUGGUCUGUGAGGGGCUGUUUGACGAGUACCUGGAAAUGGUCCUGCAAUUUGGAUUCAUCACUAUCUUUGUGGCAGCUUGUCCUCUGGCGCCCCUUUUCGCCUUGCUCAACAACUGGGUGGAGAUCCGCCUGGAUGCACAGAAGUUUGUCUGCGAGUACCGUCGUCCUGUGGCUGAGCGGGCCCAGGGCAUUGGCAUCUGGUUUUAUAUCCUGGAGGUCAUCACCCACUUGGCUGUCAUCAGUAACGCCUUCUUGAUUGCUUUCACUUCAGACUUCUUGCCCCGGCUGUAUUAUCAGUACACCCGCGCCAGUGACCUGCAGGGCUAUGUUAACUUCACCCUGGCGUAUGCUCCAAAGCACUUUGCCUCACAGCACAAUGUCACGUGCAGGUACCGCGCAUACAGGGAUGAGAGCGGAAGGUACUCGCUAACCUAUUGGAACCUACUAGCAAUUCGCCUGGGCUUUAUUAUAGUGUUUGAGCAUGUAGUUUUCUUUAUUGCUCGUCUGAUAGACCUGAUGGUGCCUGACAUUCCUGAGUCACUGCAGAUCAAGGUGAAGCGUGAACGUUAUCUGGCGAAGCAGGCACUGGCUGAGAACAAGGUCCUCUUUGAGAGAAAGGAAGUCAGAGCCACCUCCAGCACUAUGCAAACAGCACCCAAAGACUGGGAACGAGGUGGGACGCAUGAAAACCAGGAGCCUACCCCACUGCAGACGACAACAUCUACACACACAUUAGCUGCUAGUCCGGAAGCUCAUCCUCAGCACCAGUUUGAGCCUGAAGCAGAAUCCCCAUGAAGUGCUGUUGACUCAGUUUUAAACACAAUAAAUGGUGACUGCUUCUAUGUAGGUGUGAAUGAAACGGAGUUCAGCCAUGGAGCAUGUGAUUUCUAGCACUCUCCUUUGGAAGAGAUGAACUCAACUUGGCUCUGACCCUGAGCUGUUGUAUAUAAGAAACGUUGCAGAGGAAUGAAUUAUUUUAGUGAAAUGUCAGAGUGGAUAAUUGUAAUUUCGUGGAUAAAUAAAGCACGCCAAUUAAUAGUACAGUGGCAGGCAUACUUGAAUACCAGCUAAGUCCUUAGAGCCCUGCAGGUUAAACUAAAGUUGGAGCUGGCUGACUUUGGGGUUGGAAGAAAUUCCUUCUUGCUCUGAGGUAUGGUAGCAGACAGGUGGGCUGUAUGGCCCUCAGCUGGCAAGGGGAUGGUAGGUGGGAGAAGCAGUGCUUCAGGCUGAAAUGACACAAGUCUCACUGCUCCAGUGAGGCGGGAAGCAGCAAUUCAACAGGCCUGGCUCUUACACAGCUGCAGCACGGGCUCAAGGGAAGUCUAAACCAUAGCAUGUUGUCAGACAGGAGCAAGCCUAAUUUCCUCCCCCCUUCCUGUUACCAGAGAGAGGAAAUGUGGAGUUAUGCACUCUGUUCCCUUACAGAGGAGAGCGGGGGAUAGGAGGGGAGAGCCUGGGCAGUAACUGGGGUUCUUUACAGUGGUAGGCAUGGAGAGGGGGCCCUGAGGGCACCCACUUCACUAGUGCUGGCCUUAAUGCCUCUUCCUCCUUAGGACCUGCACUCCGGUAGGAUGACUGAGCCUGGGUAGUAGGUAAUAAAUCCAGCCAGGGAACAACUGACACUUUAAGAUGACAGCUUAAGUCUGAAAGAACCUAUGAAGAUUAGGCCAGCCCCUGCCCGAAUGUACAUGGAG